UGAAUGGCGCCCGGAACCAUUUCGGGCGGAACGACUUGUGUCGCGCCUGUAUGUUCCUUCCGGACCCAUAACAGUGUGAGACCAUCGACAUGGCGCGAGCAGCCAAGACAGCUGUGGUGCUUUGCAUGGAUGUGGGCUUCUCUAUGAGUAACUCAGCCCCUGGCGAGGAAGCCCCAUUCGAGCAAGCUAAGAAGAUCAUUCAGAAAUUCAUCCAGCGCCAGGUCUUUGCUGAAAACAAAAAUGAGUUGGGCCUGGUUCUAUUUGGAACGGAUGACACCAAGAAUCCACUUGCUCUAGACGACCAGUACCAGAACAUCUGCAUACACCGACAUUUGAUGAUGGCCGACUUCGACCUGCUGGAGGAAAUUGAACAUAAUCUUCUUCCUGGUGGUCAGCAUGCUGACUGGCUUGAUGCUCUUGUUGUAUGCAUGGAUCUUCUACAAAAGGAAACCAUGGGGAAAAAGUAUGAGAAGCUGAAUAUCGCCGUGCUCACUAACCUCAACACGCCGGCCUGCGCAGAUCAGCUGGACAUCAUUAUCGGCAAUUUAAAGAAAGCUGGCAUUACCCUGCAGUUCUUUCUGCCAUUCCCUGUGGAUGCAGAUGAAGGGGCUGCUGGAGACGGAGACAGACCAGGUCCGAGGCCUCCGACCCAGCUUGGAAAAGGCCUGAGCAGGGAGCAGAAGAAGGGGCUGGAGAUGGUCAGGCAGGUCAUGACCUCUCUGGAUGAAGAAGAUGGCCUGGACGAAGUCUACACUUUCAGCGAUGCUGUGGAGAAGCUGUCCAUGUUUAAGCGAACGGAGAGACGGCCGACGGGGUGGUCCUGUCUGCUUACUAUUGGAAGCUCCCUGUCCAUCCGCAUCAUCGGAUACAAAACGGUGUGUGAGGAGAAGAUUAAGAAGACCUGGGCCAUAGUAGAUGCUGAGAGUCACCAGAAAGAUGACGUAAAGAGGGACACAGUCUACUGCCUCAACGAUGACAAUGAGACUGAAGUGCAGAAAGAUGAUGUCAUUCAGGGUUUCCGUUACGGGAGUGACAUUGUCCCGUUCUCCAAAGUGGACCAAGAGCAGAUGAAGUACAAGUGCGAUGGAAAAAGCUUUGCUGUGCUUGGCUUUACCAAGAAGGAGCUGAUUCAUCGCCAUCAUUUCAUGGGCCAGCAGAUUCUUAAGGUUUUUGCUGCUAAAGAUGAUGAGCAUGCAGCUGUUGCGCUCUCCGCUCUGAUUCAAGCUCUGGACAGUCUGAAGAUGGUGGCUAUUGUUCGUUAUAUUUAUGACCGCCGCUGCAACCCACAAGUAGGAGCAGCUUUUCCUUGCGUCAAAGACAAAUACGAGUGCUUGGUGUAUGUGCAGUUACCGUACAUGGAGGACCUCCGUCAGUUCGCUUUCCCUUCACUGGAGAACAACAAGAAAUUUGUUCCAUCAGAGGCUCAGCUGUCAGCAGUGGACAAUCUCAUCAACUCUAUGAUGCUGGUGGAGGAGGGUGAAGAUGGAGAGAAGGAGGAUAUAUUCAAAGUCAACAAAAUCCCCAACCCACAAUUUCAGAGACUCUUCCAGUGCCUACACCAUCGUGGGGUGAACCCAGGUGCACCCCUGCCCCCUAUGGAGCCGUGGCUCAAGCGGAUGCUGGAUCGGCCCCAGGCUGUCUCUGCCCGCUGCCGUGCACCUCUGCAGGAGAUGAAGAAACUCUUCAGCCUGAAGGAGGUGGUGCAAAAGAAGGGCCAGAAGACCAGUGCGGAUGUGUUUGGGAAUAGCACUGAAGAGCCAGACGCAAAGAAGUUCAAAAUGGAUGAAGGGGAGAAGUUCAGCCUAGCAGAGACUUCAGAGGGAAACAUUACCUCUGUAGGUAGCGUGAACCCUGCAGAAAACUUCCGCACUUUGGUUCAAAAGAAGACCAUUCCCUUUGACCAAGCAUGCGAGCAGCUCACCCACAGGAUGGAGCAGUUGCUGGGCAACAGGAGCACCGACUAUUACAUGAAGACCAUCACAUGUGUCCAGGCCUUUAGGGAGCAGUCCAUUAAGGUAUCAAAUGCGGAGCUUUUCAACAGCUACAUGCAGUCUCUGAAGAACAGCGUUCCAGAGAAGAAUCUUCAGGCAUUCUGGGACCUGCUCGUUGCAGAUUCUAUAACACUAAUCAGCAAGGAUGAAGUGGAUAGCAGCACAGUAUCCAAGCAAGAGGCAAACCAGUUUCUGGCAUUUGAAGAGAAAGAAGAAGUGGCAGUCGCUCCCUCCCACGAGGACGCAGGAGACGUGGAUGAUUUGCUGGACAUGAUGUGAACCUGGACUAUCCUUCAACCUUUCCUUCAUUACUAUUCUCCGGGGCUUCACUUGGUGCUGAGGUCACAGUCAUGUUUGCACUAUAUUUUUGUCUAAACAAAACAAUUAAAAGAUUUUUUUUUUUAAAAAGCUGUUCCACUUAAAGGUGUGAUCACUCAUUUGUAGCUUCAUUCCCACACAGCACUCAUGAUCGAACUUUAUCACUUACCUUUUCUAACAAAUUAACAAUUUGCUUAAUCUGCCAGUUUGCUCCACAUAUCAUACAUGCAGAAGUUAAAGCGGAAUACAGGCGCACCCUUUCUUUCAGAGGAUUUUACAAAUAAGACAGUGUUAACUAAACACUACCAGGCCUUAUUGUUAGCCGUGACAGAAUGUUGGGUGAAUUUGUCUUUUAACUAUUUUACUGCAGAAUUAUGUAAACAGUGUUUUCUUACUUUGGCAGUUGGGUAUAUCCUGCUGUAAUUUUUCCCUUUUACACACCAAAACAUUUCAUAACUGACAAUAUAAUAACUUUAUAGUAUUUUGGUUUCGUUAAGAAAGGUUGAAAGCAGAUUUUGACUUCUGUUUUGAUCGAGGUAUGAAAAUUACGGCCCGCGGUAAGCCUUUUACUGCUCUUUAUGUCUGGAUUGGAUUCUGUUAAGUUUUCGACCGCAUGCAGUUACAUUUGUAUUUGAAUGGGUCUCUGGUUCUCGAGAUUGAAAUUGAUUUGCUACAUGUUAUGUAAAUCAGA